AUGAACAUCGCAGCGCUGUUGGCGAAGACGGCACGGACCCUGCCCGAACGGCCGGCGGUGUCCCUCGGCAGUGCGGUUGCCACGCGCUACGGCGAGCUCGACCGGCGCGCCGGCGCGAUCGCGGGCGCGCUCCGGGCCGAUCACGGGCUCGCGCCCGGCGAUCGGGUGGCCAUCGUCAUGGCGAACCGGCCGGACUACCUGGAGGCGCUGUUCGGCAUCUGGUACGCGGGCCUCGUCGCGGUCCCCGUCAAUGCCAAGCUGCACCCGCGCGAGAGCGUCCGCGCUGACGCGCCGGGGCUCGCGCCGCCGCUCGUCGCGGGUUCGGACGAUUACCGCGCAAUGCUCGACCACGAUCCGGCGGACCCCGCGGCGGCUGGGCCGGACGACCCCGCCUGGCUCUUCUACACCAGCGGCACCACCGGUCGACCCAAGGGCGCCACCAUCACGCAUCGCAAUCUGCUGGUGAUGACCCUGAGCUAUUUCGCCGACCUCAACCGGGUCACGGCCGCCGAUUGCGUGCUCCACGCGGCACCGCUCUCCCACGGCUCGGGCCUCUACGCGCUCCCCUUCAUCGCCAAGGGCGCCAACAACGUGAUCCCCGAGAGCGGCGGCUUCGAGCCGGCGGAGGUGCUGAGCCUGAUCGAAUGCCACCCCGGGCUCAGCAUCAACGCCGACACGACCAACCUCGACCUCAUCAUCUAUGGCGGCGGCCCGAUGUACGUCGCCGACGUGGAGCGCGCGCUCGCCGCCUUCGGCCCCAAGCUCGCCCAGAUCUACGGCCAGGGCGAGGCCCCGAUGACCAUCACCGCGCUGUCCCGCGCCUAUCAUGCCGCGAGCGCCCACCCCCGCUUCCGCGAACGCUUGGGCUCGGCCGGGAUCGCGCGGACCGACGUCGAGGUGCGCGUCGUGGGCGAAGACGACCGCCCGCUGCCGGCGGGCGAGAGCGGCGAAAUCAUCGUGCGCGGAGACGUGGUGAUGCCGGGCUACUGGGAGAACCCCGAGGCCACCGCGAGCGCGCUCAAGGGCGGCUGGUUGCACACCGGCGAUGACAUGAUCAUCUCCGGCGGCACCAACAUCUAUCCGCGCGAGAUCGAAGAGGUCCUGCUGCGCGACGAGGCUGUGCGCGAGGCCGCGGUCGUCGGCCGCGCGCACGCAGAGUGGGGGGAAGAGGUGGUCGCCUUCGUCGUGCCCCACGACGGGCACAGCGUCACCGGCGAGCGGCUCGACCGGCUCUGCCUGGAGAGCAUCGCCCGCUUCAAGCGGCCGAGGGACUACCGCAUCGUGGACGGCCUGCCCAAGAACAACUACGGCAAGGUGCUGAAGCGCACCCUCCGCGAGGAACUGGAGGCGGAGGGCUGA